GCGUGCUGGCGGCGGCGGCGGCGCAGUCCCGGCCCCGCACCCGCGGCGCCCCCGCUGCGGCCCGAGCGGCCUGGCUGCGGAAUCGGUGCGCAGCGAUGGCGCGGUCCCGCCGGCAGCGCCCGGGGGCCUGGGCGCCGCUGCUCUUGCUGCUGCUGGCCGGGCCCGCCGCCUGCGCCGCCAGCCCCGCGGACGACGGCGCGGGCCCUGGGGGUCGGGGACCCCGGGGCCGCGCGCGGGGGGACGCGGGCGCCGACGAGGCGGCGCCGCGCCACGACUCCUCCUACGGCACCUUCGCGGGCGAGUUCUACGACCUGCGCUACCUGUCCGAGGAGGGUUACCCUUUCCCUACUGCUCCUCCUGUGGAUCCAUUUGCCAAAAUCAAAGUGGAUGACUGUGGAAAAACUAAGGGAUGCUUUAGAUACGGCAAACCGGGCUGUAAUGCGGAGACCUGUGACUACUUCCUCAGCUACCGGAUGAUAGGGGCUGAUGUGGAAUUUGAGCUGAGCGCAGACACGGAUGGCUGGGUAGCAGUUGGCUUCUCUUCAGACAAGAAAAUGGGUGGUGACGAUGUCAUGGCCUGUGUCCAUGACGACAACGGCAGGGUCCGCAUACAGCACUUCUAUAACGUAGGCCAGUGGGCAAAGGAGAUCCAGAGAAAUCCUGCCAGAGAUGAAGAAGGGGUAUUUGAGAACAAUCGGGUCACCUGCAGAUUUAAACGCCCUGUGAACGUGCCCAGAGAUGAAACGAUUGUUGAUCUGCAUUUGAGUUGGUAUUAUCUGUUUGCUUGGGGUCCAGCCAUUCAGGGCUCUAUCACCCGACAUGAUAUAGACUCACCACCGACUUCAGAGCGUGUUGUCAGUAUUUACAAGUAUGAAGACAUUUUUAUGCCAUCAGCUGCCUAUCAGACCUUCUCCUCUCCGUUCUGUCUGCUUCUCAUUGUUGCUCUGACCUUCUACUUACUGAUGGGAACUCCUUAACCACAGCUGCAAAGCCAACAGAGGCAAUGCACUAGGAAGUCUUUAGUAUAUUUUUUAAAAACAUGCAGUAUAAUUUUGGCUUCUGUUACAUUAAAAAAAAAGACUCCUAAUUUCAGCUUUUUGGGAGAACGAGCAAGCUUCUUUUCUAAUUGAAGAGGAUUGUUUAAUAAUGACCCUUUUGGAAAGUACUUAAAGCUUUUGGAAAGUACUUAAAGCUUUUCUAAGCACUUUCAAAUAUGUUUUCUUAUUUGAGCUUCACAACAUCGGUGAGUUGGCUUGGUGAAAAUAUUAUUGCCGUUUUACUGAAUGGGAUUUGAGACCCAGGAGGGCCCCUUUUUGUGACUCUCAUUACAUGUAGUCUUGGCUACUUGGUCAGAUAACACUAGCAAGGUAGAGAAAGCUAGGCAUAGACAUCAUGUGUCUAAACAGCCUUUACUCUUCCAACUACAGCUCAAGAGAGUUACUUGGAGUAAUACUAAGGAGAGCUUGAACUUAGGAUGGCCCAAGUUCACAGUCAGCCUUUCAGGUAGAAGAACUUUUCAAAUUUCUUUAAAGCGUGAAGGGUUUUGGAUAUUUACACAGCUAAUGAGAAGAAUGAUGAUGAGAUGACAAUGAUAUAAAAAUGGUUCAUAUUUAUUUGAAAUGUCUUCUUGAUUAGUAAGUAGCUAAGAGAGAACAUUUUUUAUUGCUGUUUGGAAACGUUAGAAACGGAACUGUGAGUGUUCCCGAAGACGUAAGAUCAUGUUAAUGGUAAAAAAUAUGGGCAUUCUUAGCAGUUAGAAUUUGGACUCUUCUACCACUGUAUUUAAUAAAUUAAGGUAUUCAUUUGUGGUUAGAGCUAAUUCUGUUGUCAGAGUCAACAUAUACUGAGUAUGAUUAAGGAUGUAUUACAAUAGACUAAUAAAAUUCAAGACAUUCUGAUAAUAGAUCAACAUUUUUGGAGACUGGAAAUUUGGAGUAGAAACAUCUUCAAGAUGACAUGGCUUUUUUUUUUUUUUUUUUUUUAGAAAUUAGAAAAUAGGAAAUGACCCACCAAGUGAAUUUACCUAGAGUGUCCAUUCACACAAUUAGACUUAUAAAUUGGACUGACAGCAAAAUUUAUAAUAAUGUCAUAAUACAUUUCCUUUUUUUUCAAAGGAACCCAAUGGUCCUUUGUUUCAACUGUCUUAGUUAACAGCCCACUUAGAGGAAGAGUCUCUGGGUGGAGUUAACACGGCUGAGGCAUUUCUAUGGUAGAGUUCUGGAGUCUUCAGGCUUGACCCUGUUGCUCUAAAGCCGGCUCCAACUUUGUGGUUCUUGUGAUUAAACAACACUGGGGACUGUGAUUUCUAAUGCCAUCCUUGGAAUCCAUGUCAGAGGCGAAAGGCCAUCUGUGGGGAGAGGUUUCAAAUUUUUCUGGAACCGAACAAAAACAAGGAAAGUGUCAAGAUUCUGUGACCUUGCACAGGUUACCAUGUGCAUCUGAGGGGUGUAGGAGAAACAACCCUCAUUGCAGAUGGAGAGAGGUUAAAUGACAUCAAGUGAGUGAUGCAAUGGUUAGAAUUCGAACUCAGGUCAUCUGAGUCAAGUUCCUGGCUCUACCUGACUGCCAGCGCCUCAUAACCAAGACCUCCAGCCGUGGCUGAGGAUGGCCCGCGCAUCACCUUCUAAGCUGGAGUGAUUGUUUAGUAGUGAGGACACCGAGUACACAGGCAUCCACGUUGUAAAUAAGAAAGCAAAUAUUUUUAUAUUUCACUCUUUUAUGUGUAUAAUAUUUCAGCUAUAAAUAGGUUUAAAACUAAAGCGAGCUGAGCUAGGCUCUGUAGCAGACAGGAAAGGAAUAGAUUAAGGGAUUUUCCUUCUGCUUACUUACAUUUCAAGUCAAGCUGAUUGUUUCGUGAAUUGUUUCUACUUGGACUACCAGUUUUGCAUAUUUGUGCUUAGAAAUUUCAAUGAUUUCUCAUUUCCAUUAAUGUAAAAUGCAAACCGCUUUGAUUACCUCCACUAUCGUCACUCCUCAUUUGCUAUGUCCCUGCAAGAUUGAAUUGCUCUCAGGUCUUCAGAUCUGCUUUCUCACCUCUCAGGACAGUCCCUUGCCCAAACAUUCUCCACUUGCUGUACGUGCUGAACUCCUGUGCAUUUUCCAGGUCAUAGCAUAAAUAUUUCUUCCCCUGAUCCCCUGGACUAAGUAGGUUUAGGUUCCUGCCAAGUGCUCCCAUAGCAUACUGGGCUUCCCAGUAUCCCGGUAUUCUAUUAUUCAUCACAUUUUCCUGUAAUGGCUGGCUCGUCCUCCCUGCUAUCCCCCUAAUGCAGGGACCAUUUCUUGUUACUCACUGUAACAGACGCCACUACAUAGUAGAUACUCCACAAACAUUUGUUGAAUGAAUACAUAAAUGAAACUAUACUUCUAUGGCAAGUUUGUUUGGCUCAGAAAGUUUGUAUUUCAUAUACAUUGCCAGACUGGCCAACAUUUUUAUAUUUUUCUACCUGUGAUCAGACCAUAAAUCAUUCCUUUAGCAAACACUGAACUUCCGUCUUUUGAAACAUAAAUCGAAAGAUCUUUAGUAACAAUGCUGUUUUGCCCUGUAAAACACGGUUGACAUUUUUAACAAUAAUUAUUGUUCAGAAAUGAGAAUUCAAAGACCAGGAUGUAGACAAGCAUUUAACCAGUGUCUCAGAGGAUCGUCAAUUUGUAGACAUACUGAAGUUAAAACUCUGUAGACUCCAACUUCAUUCAAUCUCUCCUAAUACAGGAGAAUCAACUUCUAUUUUAUCUCUGUAUUCCAUUUUCUAACAUAGCACUUGUUACAGGGGAGAUACUCAACCAGUGUUGUUUUUUUUUUAAUGCCUAAGUAGAAUAAUAAUGCUAGCUACAUGUAUUUAGUGCUGUUCUAAGCACUUUAUGUGGAUUAACUCAUUUAAUCCUCACAACAACCAUAGGAAGUAGAUUGUAUUAUUAGUCCAAUUUUACAGGUGGAAAAACUGAGGCUAAGCAUUUGGCAUAAAUUGCCAGUGCUGGCAAGGACUUUAGACACCACUUUAUCCAAUGCAUUUAUUUUAAAAAGGGGCAGUUGAGACCUAGGGAGGUGAUGUGAUUUCCAUCAUGCACAUUCAUUAAAACUUUUAUUAAAUGGAACCCACUAUCCACACUUAAAUCAGCCAAGUGCUUCCCCCCCCCACCUUUUAGCAAUUUACAAUGAAUAGGAGGACUUUUUAAUAGAUACAUUUGGUUAAAGGAGGACGUUUUACUUUCUCUGAGCCUUUUCUCUUCUUAAAAACAUUUUGAUUAUUUUACCAGUCAUUUUAGUGCUUUUAAUUUUUUUUUUAAGUAAUACACAGGUUGGACAAGACUAAAAUGUAUUUGUCUUGGUUAAUUUUUAAAAGUAACUUACCUAAAACCCAGGUCUUCUAACUUGGAGUCCAGUGCCCUUCCGUUGCUCCACUGUAGUCUCAAAGAUGAAUUUGUUACAUGAUUUCAGACAAAAUACAGGAGCCAUAUUUAACUAUCUUAAUUUGGCUUUUUUCAUUAAGGAAAUCAGCAAGUUUGGACAACUCAGGGAUGGGUUUCCAUCCCACAUAGUUUUUACUUAAUUCUGUAAUUAAGUUUGCAGUCUGUAUUCAGCAUGUUGUGCUUAAGAGGUAUUACCACUGAGGUUGUGUGUCAUUCUUUCUUCUAAUCUACGGGUCAGCAAGGUUUUUCUGUAAAGGGCCAGAUGGUAAAUAUUUCAGGCUUUGCGGUCUCUUUCCGCAGUUCAUCUCUGUCGCAGACAAUGCAUAAACCAAUGAGCACGGUUGUAUUCCAGUAAAGCUUAAUUGACACUGAAGUUUGAAUUUUAUGUAACUAUUACAUGUCACAAAUAUUCUUUAGAUUAAAAGAAAAUUUUUUAAUGUGAAAACCAUUCUUAGCUUGCAGACCAUACAAAAAGAGGCAGCAGGUUGGGUCUGCCCUGUGGACGGUGGUUUUCCCACUCUUGCUCUCAGCUGAGAGACACACCCAGGUGUCAUGAGCAAUUGUGAAGGACACUGCCAGUAGUGUAUUACUGGUUGAUUGUAAAAAUAUCGACGUUAGUGAGUAAUUUGUUUGUAAAAUAAAUUAUAGUUGAUUGAUUGUUAUCUUGAUGGUACAUUCCCAUUAGAAUUUGUAUUCUAAAAAAUUUUCCAGAGUAUGAAAGAGGUGGCAGUAACGUCAGAGCUGGGUAAGCAGUAGUUCUACUUUCCCUAAGCUGUGGCAGUCAGGAGCGACUUUUACUGUUCAGUUCUUUCCAUGGAGGGGAUUACAGUUGACCCUUGAAUUCACAAGGGGUUAGGGGCACUGACCCUCUAGGCAGUGGAAUAUCCACCUAUAAUUUAUAGUAAGCCCUUCAUAACCUGGGGUUCCUCCACAUCUGGGGUUCUUCCUACUCAAAGAUUAGGUCCCACAUCCAAGGAUUCAGCCAACCUUGCAUCGUGUAAUACUGUAGUAUUUACUAUUGAAAAAAAUCCAUGUAUAAGUGGACUUGUGCAUUUCAAACCUGUGUUGUUCAAGGAUCACCUGUACAGUGUUUCAGACUAAUUUGUUUUCCUCUAGACAGUUUUGAAGGGUUAUCUAAAUCUGUUCCAUCCACAGGAUGUGAGUGUUUUCUACAUGUGACUGUAGCAUCACCUUGUAUAUCAUGAUGAAAACAUGUUUUAGAACCACUGCAAUAGGCCAAAUGCUGAGAUGUGUAUACUUCGCUGUAUAUAAUUGUGUUGUAUGUCCUUGUCCUCUCAACAGAAUUGGUUAUGUUUAGUGAACAGUUUGAUUAUUCUUGGUGUGUUUGUAUAUAUAUAUUUGUACAUACAUGGUGAGCUCUGUAUGUAUUUAUACAUAAAUGCCUAUAAAUACACAUACCAUGACCAUUUGGAGGUCUUUGUCAGGAUCAUUUCUAUUUCUGAUCUCUUAAAUACUUUAAACCCCAAGAGAUAAAACAUUGUGUGUAUUACAGGCAAAACUACCCUCAAGUUUAUAGUAAUUUAGUUUGUAGAGAGGAUUCCUGGAUCCUUUAUUAAGUCUUGCCUCCUCUAUUCAACAUUAUAUGACUUGUUAAGAACAUAUAAAGUAUCACAGUUGGGUGUGACUUUUUUAUACCGUUAGUUAAGAAACUAAGACUAGUGUUAACUGGGUAAAUGGCAUGUUGAUGCAACCUGUCCAUGUUGUAUAUUGUGUUAGAUUCUUUAUUCAAUAAUUCAGUUGUUUAGUUUCAAGUUGGACUUGGUUGUUUUUAUAUUUAAUAGAUGACCUGAGAAUAAGUUCCUUUUCAUGAAAAUAGUGACUAUUAAUGUGAUUUUAAAUAUGACUAAAAAUUUAAGUGAGUCAUCAGGCUCUUGGGUUUUUUCACUAAACUAUACUGAUAUUUGACUGAUGUUUUCCAUUCCCCCCUGGAUAUUGGCUAUUCGGCAGAUAGCUGUUCUGUCCAUUUGUCUGGAGAGCAAUCGAUUCUUUAGGGUUACGGGGUGCUGUGGUGGUUGUGGCAUUCACCCAGAUCACUAAAGCCGUUACCAUUUCAUCAGACAGAAUGUCCUGGCUGCCUGGAAGAGUAAAUGCAGCUUCUCCACAUGCCUUAUUCCCCCAGAUGCGCUGAUAUGCUGGAACAAUCUGGCUCCAGGAGUAUUAAUACACUUUUUUUGAGACUGUCUAUAAAAUACUAUUUUGUAAGAACUAUGCCUUUAAACAGACGUUGAUGGGUUAUAUUUGUUUUAUAAUAAUUGUGUAUCUAAUGUUCAAUUAUGAUUGAUUUUGAGAUUUAUGUAUAUUUAUAAGCCUGUCCUGUGUGAAUUUUUACUCCAAGGUGUGUGGUACUUUCCUAAUAAAGACAUGGAUUUCUAUUUAUGUAAAGUAAUUGUAGCAAUAUUCCUAGAUGCUACCUAAAUGGUUGUUCUGCCCAUCUGCCAUCACAAAUACUUCUAUCUUUAGGGGAUUAUGUUACAGUUAGAAUAUAUUAACUAGA